UUGAGUAAAAAAUUAUUGUGGGGUCAAAUUUAAUAAUCUAAUGGGGCAAAUAAAUAUUAUUAUCAUAUACUACUAAAAAAAGUUCCAAAUUGUAGUGGGGGCGCUUGCCCCCACACCAUUGCACUUAGAACCGUCCCUGCCCAUAGUCGUCCCUAAGAUUCACGCAAUUACCUAUAGUCAUUCCUAAGAUCCUGAUUUCCCUAUUGUAGUCCUCCAGAUAGAGCUUCGAGUACUCAAACUAGUCCCUGGCCAUAUUUCAGGUGAUGACUCAUCACCGCAGCGCUGACGUGGCCUUGGAUUGCCACGCUGGAGGGCUCUCAACGGCUAGCUGAGCUGGCUAAGUUCCAAUUUUUACCCAGAUUGGUCCCUCCUAUUAUAUGUAACCCUAAAUCCCCAAAUUCUCAGACACUUCCCCUCUUCGUCUUGUUCAUCUCUUCUUCUUCUUCUUUCAUUCACUUCUUCCUGUUCAUGCACUUCCAUCUGGGGCUGCUACUCAUGUCGAUGAUGGGUGGAGGUAGCACUACAGGUGGAAGCUCUGUUUGUUCCCCAUCUAGCUGGAACCGGACUAGAACGCAAAUGAAGAGCAAAAGAUCGGCUCCGCCAGAAUGGUGCGGCUGUGGCUGUAGGCCAGUUCUCAGAUGGUCUGGUACAGAUUCGAAUCUGAAUAAACCCUUCUAUGGCUGCCCCAAUUAUAAUACAAGUGGGAAGAGAUUGUGCGGACUUUUUGUGUGGGCAGAUUCUGUGAAUGAGGAACAAGUUGAAAAGUCAGAAUCGUGUGGUGAUGAAGUGAAGAUCAACUUUGAUUGGAGGCUUCGAAGGUUGGAGGAGGAUGUCCAGAUGCAAAAAGUGAUUACCCAGUUGUUAGUGUUAGCUGUGUUUGUAUUGACAGUGUUGUUGGUGAUUCUGUAUUGUAAAUGAUGAAUAAGUUGGUGGUUUUGGGUUCCUUGUUAGCAACAGAUGUAAAAAUCUGCUUCUUGAUGGAAUGAAAAUUAUUGUUAACUAUGAAAUUGUUGUUAAGAUAAACUCCAUUGUUCAUGCAAUAUCUUCUCCUUUCCUUUACCUAGUGGAUUAAUAUUUCUCUUACCCACUGCUGCAUGUGCCAUGUGCCAUGUUUCUCUUAAUCCUACUCCCAGUUUUAGGAUCAUUCCCUGUAGCCUCAGAAUAAGAGGAACUACCCUCAUUUGGGCCUAGCUUAAACAUGCUAUCCUCUUCACUGUCAGAGGAGUCAGAAGAUACAUCAAAGGGAACCUCAUUGUUAAACACUUUACUCCUAAAUCCUCUAGCAGCAGACUGUGUACAGGGUCUCCUGGAAAUACUUGGUCUCUUGGACAGUUUCUGCUUGUUACUCUUAUCUGAUUUAGUGCUUUGACUGGGCUUCGUGGGCUGGCUGAUUUUGGUGGGCUUGGUGA